AUGGGUUGUGGAGCAAGCAAGGGAAAGGCAGACGCUGAGCCAGACAUUUCAGAAAUGACCUUCAAACCUGUCGGAGUUCAGUCUAUGGAUGACUUUUUCGAUAAAGCCAAAGAAACCUUAGAUAGUUUUAAGGAUAUUACAGGGCCUCUUGGAGAGGAAAAAGAUGCAUUCUACGAGGCAACUGGAUUCUACGAAGUACCAGGCGCUGAAGUCAAGCACGCAUUCCUCGGUAUGUUUUACUCCUUGGUUUCCUUAGUGAAAGGUGACAUAACCGCACUUGGAAUCGAAUGGAAAGCUGGGGCACCAAUGGUCGAGGUAAGAACUGACUAAAUUCAGGGAACAGGAGUCACAAUCUAUGAGUCUUUUGUCAAAUAUGCGGAAGCACUUGAAAAAUGCGUCACAGAACAGAUGCCACCUGUGCUCCAAAAUGCACAAGCUUUACCUAGUCAAGCUGAGGAGGCAAGAAGCAACGCUGAAUCAGAGUUCAGCGAGCUUGAUAUUAUGAAGAAAGGAAAGGCUUUAUUAGCUACUACCUUCAACAUUAAAAAUUUAGGAAAGAUACCCGCUUUCAUUAAAUCAUCCAUUGAGGGAUUCAAGGGUGAUCUGAAUGAACUCAAGGAUGCUGUUAACGAGCUCAAGAUGAAUUUACCAAAGGUAAAGACUGCAGGUGCAACUUGCGCCUAGAAUGAUGUAUCAGACCCAGUUGGGUGUUACAAACUAAUUCAUGGUCCAAUUAAAUACACUCAAGAGUAAAGAACUGAGUGGGAAUCUAAGAUGCAGGAAAGAGCUGACAAAUUAGGCAUCAGAUUCUAUCCAAAUGAUUACCCCUUAACUGAUUUGAUUACAGCCCCAGCUGCUGGAGCUUAAUGA